GAGAGGAGGGAGGGAGAGGGAGAGGAGGGAGUCGCGGCCCCAGGGACCACCACCAUGAGCUUCACGGUCACAGAGACCUCCCGCAGACAGGGCCAGAGGUUCAAGCCCGAGAGGACUUAUGACUACCUUUACGACCCGCUGUAUUCAGUUUGUAGUGAGAAGGACCAUUCUAGGAUUGACUUCAUGGCACAAACAUCUCCUGACAAGUUUAAAAAAGUACCUGAUUAUAAAGCGAUGUUCAGUACCUUGCAGGGUUACCCAAAGCAUUCCCUGCAACUGUAUCAGAAUGACCCUGUUCCAAGAUGCAUUGAUCGGCAAUGGAAAGGAUAUGGAGAGCGGAACAAAAAAGCUCUUAGACAAAUGACAACACAUAACUCUUCCGUUGAAGUUCCACAAAAAAUAAGGGAGGAUCCAGAAGUGAAUGGUCGGAACCGGUACAAGUAUUUCACACGACCUAUUAUUCCCUUCGUGCAACAUCUACCCACAGAAGUAAUUCUGGAGAUGUCCAGAGGCCGUAAUGAACUACCAGACCACCUUCAAGAACUUAACGAUUUUGAAUCGCGAACAGUAGGUGUCCAAACAGAUUACCGGGAGAAUGAAACCCAAACAGAUCCAUAUACCCCAGAAUAUGUGGUACGGCCUGGGUCUGCUCCUGAACUCCUUACUCUUGCCAUGCUGACAUGGGGACAAGGUCUACCUGCAGGUUUAGCAGAAGUUGAGAUGAUUGAACGUGCCCGGGCAAAGCGUGCAUGGGAAUCUACUCUACCUCCAUUGAGCGAAGUUUGCCUGCACGAUAAGAGGAAGAAAAUGAUGGAAGAUAUGGAAAGAAAUGAGUGGGCAUUCCGUGAGAAAGAAAUUGAAAAACUUCAGGAGGCACGGAUGGACGUUUUGAAGAAGCUGUUAAAGCAACGUGAAGCAAAGCAACAGGAGAUAAAUGUGAAACAGCUUGAUGCAUAUUGGUCAAAAUAUCAGCAAAAGAAGAAAAUGGCCAUAAAGCAGAUAAGGCAUGAGCACAUGCGAGAAAUAAGGAAGCUGACCGCCAAGAAGAAAAAUGUGGAAGGGAAGCUGGAGCGUCCCAACCUCAUAGACAACUAUUCAAACCAUGGCUCCCAGGUGUACGCACCAAUUGCUCGAAUAGGCCUGUUUCCAGAUCGUGAUUCAGAGCGCUUUGUUGUGAAAAAUCGAUUUCUAAAUACAUAUGAAGGACUCCUAGAAAUGGAGGCCUUUCUGCCAGAAUUUGUAACCCAGCCACGCAUACGAGUGGAGAAACCCCAAAAAAUAUCAAAGGAAGGAUUUAUCAAGCGUGCUUAUCGACAUGAGAUGGAAUUGGCUAAACUUCACAUGACUCUGGUAGAAGCAAGAUUCAAAGGAAAGGAGUCAAAGAAGCCACUUCGUUACAUGUUCAAGAUUGAAAAACCUAUUCUGCGCCCUCCAACACCUAUUGUAGAGAAACCACCUGAGGGAGAGGAAGAAAGGGAAUUGGCCAUCAUUUUCCUGCAGAAGUUAAUUAGAGGAAGGGCUGUUCAGAACAUGAUGUUUGAAGGUAAAGAGAAGCGCAUUGAACUCAUCCGAGAGCUUCGGGUCACGCAUGCAUUGCAGGUGGAUAAGGAGCUGUUAAAAAAAGCAGAAAUGCAAACUAUAUUGGCCUUACAACGAGAACGAGACCACCUGCAACACAAGGCUUCCGAAUUUGACGACCAUCUGUCCUGCCUUGAAGGAGGUGUACUGGCAGAAAUGUUUGAUUUCCUGAGUAAGGAACUACUGCGGAUACAGGCAGAACGCCACAUCCAUGCAUUUGUUAUGUUAGCCGACCGGCAACGCCGAAUGAGAGAGGCGGACGAGAGCGGUCUUCGCCAAGUGGAGGAGAGACGCAGAAGGGAGGAAGAUGAAAUUUUUAAACAGGUUAUUAAAGUACACCAGACGUCAGUGGAUUCAUACCUGGAGGACAUCUUGUUGAAAUCAGUGCAAAACACAGCAGAAGAUCAAGCACGCGAGGAUAUCCGCAAAAUGGCCGACAGAAUCAACAAUGCUGCUUAUGAAAUAGAACAGUAUCGGGACAUAAUGCAGUCAGAAGAGAUUGUUUCCAAAUUGGUGCAUAACUUCUUGAUUCCAGAAGUACAAAAAAUAACAGUGAGGAACAGAGUAAAACAUUUCCAAAAGAGGCAUCUUCUCGCUGCCCAUCGCAUCAUCCACAGCGAGACCGAGACAAUGCUGACAACUUUAUCAGCAGCUGGAAAAGCUGCAGAGGAUGUUAUGGAGCUCUCACUGGAACAAGUUGAUAAAAUGAUGAAGGAUGGAUAAGUUUUAAUGUACAUUAUCAUGGAUUCCUUCAGUACAUUGGAAACAGGGUGUGUCUGAAUUCAAUGCAAGGAGUGACUUUGUAGAAAUAAACUAAAAAUGUGAAGAACAAAUAAAGAUGACUAUUUUAACAGCAA